AUGGGCAAUUCAAAGUCGCCACUCGUAUUUCUCAUGUCCGUGGCAGUAUUGCUACUCAGUCUGGCUCGCGUUGGUCGUUGGAUAAGCAGCCAUAUAUCUUUGCAAAGCUCAGUGGAAGCAAAGUCGGCUUUGAUUACAGAACGGUAUAGUUGUCGCCAGGAUUACACGGUCGAGAUCAUAUCGUUUGACCCUUGGGUUAUUUACAUCAACAAUUUCAUCAAGGAAGAGGAGAUAAAUCAUCUCCUCGAGCUCACAAAAGAUGCAUGGAACUCGAGCGAAGUAUUCUAUAAACCUCAAGACCACGAAGACGCGACUUUCGGUGUCGACAAAAACACCAGAAACUCAUCAUCAGCAUUCGUUCCUCACGAGGACCUUGUGGCUAGAUGUCUGCUCAAGCGAACAAAACAAUUGCUCGGCAAUGCGCAGCACGAAAAUGUCGAGACUCCUCAGCUUGUUCGAUACACAGGCGGAGAGCGUUUCCGGCCUCACAUGGAUACCAUUGAACCCACAAAGGCCACAAAUUUUCAUCCAGACUACACAGAGCGCCCUUGGAAUCGGCUGCUAAGCGCCUUUGUGUACCUGAAUGACAAUUGCACAGGCGGUGAGACGUACUUUCCAAGGCUUACUGGUGUUGGAGCCGAUGCGGAUGGCAGCAAAUUCUCACGGGCAGCAAACAGGCAAGGCCUUCUGGUCAAGCCUAAAAGAGGCAAUGCUAUCGUUUGGAAGAACCUAUUCAAUAACGGAUCUGUCGAUGAGAGACUAGUCCAUGCUAGCCUAGCUAUCAGGUCUGGCGAAAAAGUUGGCAUGAAUUUGUUCACUUGGCAUUAUUUUGAUUCCCCAAUGGUUGGGGAUGCAUCAUGA